UGCGUCGAUUCUGUAAAUUGUUUUAGCUAAAUAAUUUAAAAAGUCAGUCUGUUGUGCCCGGUGUUUUUCCGCCGGGGCUCGAGGGGGCGCUCUGACGACAUAACUGUGUUAAACAGACGGCAACAAAGAAGAAACAUUGUCAUCGGCGCUUCAGAUUUUGAAUGGCGGCGUCUUCAUCCUCCUCAUCAGCAGGAGGUGUGAGUGGCAGCUCAGUAACCGGAUCAGGCUUCAGUGCUUCUGAGUUGAUCCCGCCCAGGAAAGUUUUGUACACUUAUCCUAAAGGAGCCGAUGGAUCUGAUAGGUUUUUGUGUGAGUCUGUGUUCAGCUAUCAAGUUGCAUCCACACUGAAGCAGGUUAAACAUGAUCAGCAGGUUUCCAGGAUGGAGCGUCUGGCUGGGCUGGUGGAGCAAUUGGAGGCAGAUGAGUGGAAAUAUAAACCCAUCGAGCAGCUCCUGGGAUUCACCACUUCAUAACUGCUGUAGGCAGACAUACUCGCAUGCUCACACGUAGCUAAACAUCUUUUUUUGUGUGUGUAUUUUUUGUUAUUGUGAAUAAUAUUGUUUUAAAGGACUGUCAUCGUAGAUACAGUGUUUUGCACUAAUGUAAUAAGCGUGAAUAUUUCGAUCAUGCCUUUGGUUUGUAAAUUUGCAUCUUGUUUUGUAAAGCCUCAAUUGUGCAAAUGUCUUAGUUCAGCUGUGUUAAAUGUUAAAUAAAAGUUUUUAAGCCAAUCGUAUAUGUGAUAGUCUGUGUGAAGGAAUUUACAACUUAAAAAACAGAACAAUUAAAAAAAUGAACCGGCACAUAUAUUAAGAGUAUGUUUAAAUGUUUGAUGAGUUUUGAGUCAUAAAAUCAAAAAUGUCUAAUUUGCUUUCUAUUGUAUAUCCUGUUUUACUAAAAAUAUACAUUAAAACAUUGGUUACAAACUC